AACAAUGUAGUAAUUGACCAGUUUAUUUCUGUUUGCUUUCUUAUCGGUCUUUCUUUUGUCAAUUUUUAUUUGUAUCGUUUGAUACUUGUGUUUCGUAUCCUGUCUGUCCUGUCGGUGUUCUCUCUUCGGAACUAUGGACGCCAACGCCAAUUUGGAAAAAGCCUUGGUAAUAAAUCGCCAGCUACAACUUCAACUGUACGCAGUACGUGAAAAAAUCGAAAAACUCUUGAAAAAUGUCAAAGAGAUUUACCAGGAAAAUGAGGAACUUGUACGCACCGGCAUUUCGAAGGGCAAAAAGAAAGGAUUUGGAAUGCGUGGGGCGUACAUGAAGGGCGGCACCUUCUAUUUGAAGGGAAGUAUGUUCUUUAAGGACUACGAUUGUCGAAACUGUCCCGACAAUCCGGAUUAUCAUGCGAGAAAGCAACAAGGUGAAAUGUUUCCCAGAGAUUUGGAUUUAAAAAGUCGACAUGUAUGGUCGUACAAGGACAAAAAGGGAUUGGUGGAAGCAAUCAAGGAACAGAUUAUUGAUCAUUUAAAGCAAACGGGCCGCAAAGUGGACUACAACACCAAAGACAUAAAUAGCGAGCAAUUGGUGAAACUACUGGAAAAGGUAUCAAGUGACUUCCGCAUUGACUGGGAGGACAUAUCCAUGCACAAUCUGCAACAUCGCCACUCAAUGAACAGUUGUGAGGCCAUGUGGAAUGUAUUUCUACAUCCAUCACUGAAACGUUCUGCUUGGACGCAGGAGGAAAAUCUCAAACUUGCCGAUGUCGCCAAGAAAUAUAAUUUUCAAAAUUGGCAAGCUAUUGCCAAUGAAAUUGGCAGAAGGUCUGAGUUCCAGUGCUUUGUCCAGUAUCAGAAUUAUAUUUUCUAUAUGGAAAACGAAAAGUCCUUCAAAUGGAAUAAGGAGGAAGAUGAGCGUUUAAUAGAAGUGAUUGAAAAAAAUUCUAUCAAUGGUCAAAUCAAUUGGAGCAAUGUCAUGGUUCACUUUCCACACAGGGCCAGGACAACGCUGCAGAGUCGUUACACUUAUUCACUUAAUCCAAGAAUAAGUAGAGCACGCUUUACCCCCGAAGAGGAUCUCCUGUUGCUGGCUGCUGUAAAAGAGUAUGGCGGUAAAUUUUCCUAUAUUCCUCGCUCCCUAUUUCCCAAUCGAACAAGUUUACAAUUACGAUCUCGUUACCUUAACACAUUGGUACAUAGGCACAAGCAACAACCCUGGACCCUGGAAAGCGAUACAAAAUUAAUGGAUUUUGUGGCAAAACAUGGUACCCAUUCGUGGAAGAAAUGUGAAGAAUUCAUUCAAACUCAUUCACGUACAAGUUGUCGUACCCGCUUCAUGGUAAUCAAGAGAUUCUUUGAAAAAAAUCCCAAUGCCAGUUUGGCAGAUUUGCAGCGUAAAAAGAAAAAGAGAUGGACUUAUGUCAAUACAGAAAACUGGACGGAAAAACUGGAGGAGUUGCGAGAAAAUCCCGAUGCUCUUGUGGCAAAACGCAUAAUAGAAAAGAGAAAACCAUCAAAACCGAAAAUUAAAAAGGAGCCCAAGCCGAGGGUUAAAAAAGAACCCAAGGAAAAGGUGAAAAGGAAACCGGCACGAAAACCAGCCGUUAAAAAACCUCCACCGCUUCCGAAACCUAAAAAACGACCAAGAAAAAUUUACAUACAACGUUUGCGUAAAAAUGGUCGGAUUUUGUAUCAUAGUGUGAAAUAUGCAUACGACUAUAAGCUUGGUGUCCAUCCAAUUUUAAACAACACUCCCAAAUAUGAUAGACUGAGUUUUGUGCGACAUGCACUGCAAUUGAAAAAUCGUGAAGAUGGAAAAAAGUUUCGUUACGAUGUGAACAUUCCCCAAGAACUACGUCGUAGAGUCUUGGUAAACUCAAAAAGUAACAAAGACAUUGUAAUACCUAAUGGAUUUUCAUUGCCCACCAGCUGGUCCACAGCAAUGGCGUUUCGGGCCUUGUGUAUACACACGGCACGACCAGAUCUGGAAACUGUGACGGCACCAAGCUUCGAUGCUUCGAAUGAACAUAUCAAUUUAUUUCGUGAACGUUUUCGAACUUUAUUCUAUACAACGGGUCUACUGAGUCGUAUAAAUCCUCAAAUGGUGCUAGCACCUGAUCCACCACCAGAAAAUUUGACAGAAGAGAGUUCGACCCUGAAUCCAAAUGAAUCAAUAGAUUCGCAGGCAAAUGGCGCAGAAGAUGGCGAUGAUUUAAAUCGCAAUGAAGGCGGGGAAGAUGAGCCACCUCUGAAAAGAAUAAAAAUUACCAAGAAAUUAACUCUCGUCGAUCAGAUAUUGUGUAUCAAAGGAAAGGAGCCACUGGGAACGUAAUAGUUUUAGUUUUUUUUUAGUUUAAUAUAUUUGUGAUUUUUCUUGUACAUUAAGAUUAUUUGUAAGAAUAAAUAUAACUAAGUAAUUUAACAUA